AUGGGAUUAGUGCAGAUUACUUUGUUUAUUUCUUUAAUCCUGACUUUAAUUAGCACAGGUUUGUGCAUAAAAUGUUAUACCUGUUCUUCAAUUCGUGAUAAUCGAUGUGGGGAUAAUUUCCUAGUGCCCAAUACAGAAGCUAGGGAUUGUGAUGGAACCUGUUACAGAUAUAGAGGAGAGCGUUGGGAGGGGUCUGUUCGUAUAGUGGAAGUAUCGCGUGGUUGUCGUCAACUAUCAGAAGAAUACUGUGAAGAUACUCGUUAUAACGGUAUUAACGUCAAAGCUUGUUAUUGUAAUGAUAAUUAUUGUAAUUCAGGGGAA